UUCCAUUUGAAAAUACAAUUCAAUUCGGAAUUUUACAAGGAAAAUAUUUACUUCAGGGCUUGGAGCAGACUUCCGAUGAUUCAAUUUUACAUUUUUCUUACGGUCUUCACGUCAACUAUUCUUCCGAUAUGAAAGUUUUAUCCGCCGAAGUUUACUGCUCAGGUUGCUCAUCACCGUCCUUUGUUCCCCUCAGGGAAGACGAAUCGUAUUUGGUGAUGUUCCCAGAUUACUUCAGUAAUAGUGGAGUAUAUACAUCAUUAUACGCCAAUAUGACCGAUCUAACUUCUGGAAUGGAGGACUCUGAAGCAUUAGUUGGUUAUUUAGCCGACAACUAUCCCAUUAGGUCAGUAGAUACUGGUCGAUUGACUAUAUUGACAAAUGAAGGAGAUGGGGAAAGUGGAGGAGGGGGAGGAGGAAGUGAUGGUGGAUCAGGAGGGAGUGAUGGAGAAGGUGGAGAGUCGGGUAGUAGUCAGCAGAAGUCGUUCAUGUUUGUCUUACUUCUUGCCUCAAUCAAUUACGUUUGUAUAUAUUAUAUGUAACUCAUACUAAAAUAUCAAAAAAUAAAUUAUAUUUCAAUAAAGCAAGUUCCAAUAAUUUCUGCGCUGUCUGUGAACGUAUAAGUAACUUUAGCAGAGUGGCAUGCAUUCUGAAAAAUUCUGCUUAUCCCUUUUCAGACAGUAUUAGUUAUUGAUAUUUGUGGAACAAUAAUAAAACAAA